GGGAACGGGGAAUUCAGAAUGAGGAGAAAGAGGAGGAAAAUCGAGAUGCGCAGUCGUAUCGGUGCGAGGCUUCUUCACGACGUGCGUGUCAGCGGUCGAAUCGUGAUCAUUCGAUCUUGCGAUCCCAUUGGAUCCCAUGCGACCGAACAGUACGAGAAAAUCGAACUGAAUCGACGGACCUCGGUUAACGGAUCUUCUGUGUAACAAUUCGAAAGUGCUCGGGCAAAAGAACAGUAAUACGUCAGAAACAUAUUCCCAUCGAUAUUUUCCGUGGGCUUGUAAGUCAAGCGGCAUUAUCGACCGACGACAUCCCAGCAACAGUUGCACACACGCUGUCAACUCGACCGUGUGAUAGUGUUCGAUCAUCGGCGCCCGUCGUCGUUCUAUUUGUGUUUCAUCCAAGUCAAGGACCGUUCGUUGAUUCUAUCUCGAGAUGUUCAGCUGGUUAAAUCGGGAAGAGAGUGAACGACACAACGUCUUCGAAAAUGUCACGGAAGGACUCAAGAAAAUUUACAAAUCUAAGUUGCUGCCGCUGGAGCAGCAUUAUCAGUUCCACGAUUUCCAUUCUCCGCAACUCGACGAUCCAGAUUUCGAUGCGAAACCCAUGAUCCUCUUGGUGGGUCAAUACUCCACAGGGAAAACCACGUUCAUCAAGUAUUUACUAGAACGAGACUUUCCUGGAAUAAGAAUCGGUCCUGAACCAACGACAGAUCGCUUCAUUGCAGUUAUGUACGACGAGAAAGAGGGCGUGAUCCCCGGAAACGCGUUAGUUGUUGAUCCUAAAAAGCAAUAUCGUCCGCUUUCCAAGUUCGGUAACGCGUUCCUUAACAGAUUUCAAUGUUCUACGGUUGCGUCGCCGGUCUUGAAAGGAAUAUCUAUAGUCGAUACUCCUGGUAUUCUGUCCGGAGAGAAACAAAGAGUUGACAGAGGCUACGAUUUUACAGGAGUUUUAGAAUGGUUUGCCGAACGUGUAGAUAGAAUCAUACUGUUGUUCGAUGCGCACAAACUCGAUAUUUCCGACGAAUUUAGGCGAUCCAUCGAAGCACUGCGUGGCCACGACGAUAAAAUUCGGAUAGUCUUGAAUAAAGCAGACAUGAUCGAUCAUCAACAACUAAUGAGAGUGUACGGAGCGCUGAUGUGGUCCCUCGGUAAAGUACUACAAACUCCUGAAGUAGCCCGUGUGUAUAUUGGAUCGUUCUGGGACCAGCCUUUAAGAUACGAUGUAAAUAAAAGACUAUUCGAAGACGAGGAACAUGAUCUCUUCAAGGACAUGCAGUCGUUACCAAGAAAUGCAGCACUUAGAAAGCUCAACGAUUUGAUUAAACGUGCACGAUUGGCCAAGGUACACGCUUACAUAAUCAGCGCCCUUAGAAAGGAUAUGCCAAGUGUGUUCGGCAAAGAUUCAAAGAAAAAAGAUCUUAUCAAAAAUUUGGGUCAAAUCUACGACCAAAUACAAAGGGAGCAAAAAAUUUCACCAGGCGAUUUUCCAGAUUUGAAGAAAAUGCAGGAAAGUUUGGCACACCAAGACUUCACUAGAUUCAAUUACAUAAAGCCCAGAUUAUUGGAAGUCGUCGAUAAAAUGCUCGCCGAAGAUAUCGCGAAGCUCAUGGACAUGAUACCAAACGAAGAACACGGGACCACGUCAGAAUCGUUAGUCAAAGGAGGCGCAUUCGAAGGUGUGGAGGAUCAAGUAAGUCCGUUUGGUUACAAGCGGGGAGAAGGUAUUGAUGCUGGAGCGGGUGAACCAGAAUGGUUCGUUAAUAAGGAAAGAUACAAAUACGAUUCUGUUUUCGAAACGCUCAAUCCCUGUGACGGAAAAAUUACGGGAGCAGCCGCAAAAUCGGAAAUGGUUAAGUCGAAAUUGCCAAACAGUGUACUUGGGAAAAUUUGGAAUUUAUCCGAUGUUGACAAUGAUGGAUUGCUGGAUUCCGAUGAGUUUGCCUUAGCGAUGCAUUUAAUUAAUGUGAAACUCGGUGGUUAUGACCUGCCUGCAAAAUUACCACAACACUUGAUACCGCCCUCGAAGCGAGACUUAUAAUUUGCAAUUAUGAUUUUUUUUAUUAUUCAUUCGUUAUCGGUGUUAACUCACUGAUGCGUUUCUUGUGUAUAUUUAUGGCACACAUUAUGCGACCGCUCUAUUUAUUAAUUUACCA